CUAGUAAAACCGGGAUAAGAUAUGGAUCCACCUGCUUCCAAACAUGAUACUUCUUAUUAAGAAGGAAAGAGGGGUAAAGAAUUAAAACUUUGCUUCGCCUCAGUGCGUUCAUCAAUGGCGAAUCUGACAACUGAUUCCCCUCUCUCCCGCCGCAUCGCCCGUUCUUUCCUCCAAUUCCUCAACUCCGUUGAACCUUCAGAGGGAGUUGAUAGUGAAGCGCUUGAUGUUGCGAAGGAAUGUUUAGCGGAGGUUUUUAAGAUUGAUCAGUUUUCCCUCCACAGUCAGCCAAAUUGUGAUUCCUUAAUCGAUAUUUUCAGCUCUCGUGAAGCGAUCGCACGUCAAGUUGUUGAUAGUGAGAGAAGUUCUGGUGCAUCCACUUCGUCCUCGGGAAAGAAUGCUGGAGGAGGGGACAAGACAAGAGAGCCACAUUCACCUGGGAAAGAUGAACUCUUUGGGCAAUUUUUUGGUGCUCUGGAAAAGAUCCACUAUUUCAGAAGAAUGCCUGAUGGAAAUGAUGAUCAGAUCCAGCUUGACAGAGCAACAUAUUUAUUUCACAAAGCUGUGGAGGAAAUGCAAAUAGCAGGGUGUCAAACAUUUGAUCAAAAGAUCCUGGCAGAAACAUUCAAAUCACAAGGUAAUAAGGCCAUGCAGUCUAAACUUUACACAGAAGCGAUCGAGCUGUAUACUUUUGCUAUUGCUUUAUGUGAAGACAAUGCUGUUUACUAUUGCAACAGGGCGGCUGCAUAUACCCAGAUUCAUCGAUAUGCUGAUGCAGUCCAAGAUUGUCUAAAGUCCAUAGAGAUCAAUCCAAAUUACAGCAAGGCUUAUAGUCGCUUGGGGUUUGCUUAUUAUGCUGAAGGGAAGUACAGGGAUGCAAUUGAUAAAGGCUUUAAGAAAGCCCUGCAGCUGGAUCCUAACAGUGAAUCAGUGAAAGAGAAUAUUCGGGUUGCCGAACAGAAACUGAAAGAAGAGCAACAAAGGGCGGGGCCUGGUCAGAGUUCAACUUCCACCAGUCAUGAACAGUCCAGCAAUCAACAUGGAGGUGGAUCUAGAACUAAUGCUGCGGGAACGCCUCCAUUUACUUCCAUGCCGUUCAACAUCAACGGUCUUCCUGCCGAUAUCACUAGCAUGCUAAUGAAUAUGGCCGGUAAUGCCUUCCCAGGACCACACCCUCAAAAUGGACAUGAAGGAGAGAAUGAAGCUGGUAUACAUAAUGAGCCAGGCAUCAGGGUUGGUGGGAACAUAAAUGUCAAUGUUAAUGAACUGCCUGAGGAUUUAUCUGGAGCUUUAAGGUCUAUGAUGGGAAUGUUCUCAGGAGCUGCAUCUCAUGGGAAUCAACAGGAUGAUAGCAAUGGAAGAUCAUCGGCAAGUUGAGCUAGGAAGAAGCACAAACUCUGCAAGUUGGUUUCUCCUGUUGAAAUUAGCUGCAUGAUACGCCCAUCUCUAACUGGUGGAUCCUUCUAUAAGCUGUAGUAGUUACAUUUACAUUUUGAUAACCAGCAAUAGUUUUUUGGUGGCUGGGGAGUCCUCUUCUAUCUUUCGUUCUUUCCCUUUCUUUCUUUUUAUCUUCAGGCGAUAAAUAGUCAUUAUUUUGCGGGAACAUUCUUUCCCAGCCAAGAUAAAACGCAUGUACAGAAAUUUGGUGAAACAGAAAGUGGGGAUGUAGGUAUCUUAAGACUGCUCUUGAGUUAUUUUGGUCCAAGUCGUUGGAAACCCUUCAAGUUAAUUCAAUUUUAGC